UAAACGUGAUUACUAAAGUUCGGAAUAAGAAAGUGUAACCUAGAGGAUUGAAGGCAUCGAUUAAUGGGCGUUUUGAGCACGAUUUAGUUCAUCGCACCGGAAAGAAGUGACCUGAGUAAAAACGGAGGAAUCAAGCGCAAUGAAGGAACCUGAAGUGGACCCGAAGAAUAUUAUAAAAAGCAGAGAACUGCUUUACAGGCUCAUGAUAAGUCAAUUAUUUUACGACGGACAUCAGACACUGGCCGUGCAAUUAUCAAAUAUAAUCCAAGCGGAACCCCCUUGUCCUCCGUCCGACCGUUUACUGCAUUUAAUGCUGAUCGGGGUGGCCCACGAGCCUGACCGUACCAAAAAGGACACCACUAAUUUGUCCUCGUUUGCAUCGACUUUUGACAAUACACUGGGGCCUGGCCUGGAUUUAGAAUUCGAGACAGAAGCUCAGACUCAAGCGCCAGAGCCUGCACAGUAUGAGACUGCAUACGUUACAUCCCACAAAGGGAACUGCAGAGCUGGAGCAUUUUCUGCAGAUGGCCAGUUGAUAGCAACUGGAUCUGUGGAUGCAUCAAUUAAAAUUCUUGAUGUGGAUAGAAUGUUGGCUAAAUCAGCACCAGAUGAAAUGGCACCUGGUGAUCAAACAGGUGGUCAUCCCGUUAUAAGGACAUUGUAUGAUCAUUUGGAAGAAGUGACUUGUCUGGAGUUUCAUCCGAGGGAACCGAUCCUUGUCUCGGGAAGCAGAGACUUUUCGAUUAAGCUGUUCGAUUUUAGCAAAGCUAGCGUCAAGAAAGCGUUCAGGACUAUAACGGAUGCGGAUCAAAUAAGAUGUCUGUCCUUCCAUCCAACUGGUGAUUUUCUAGUCGUUGGAACUAAUCAUCCGGUAGUCAGAUUGUACGACGUUAAUACAGCACAGUGCUUUGUGUGUAGUAUACCGAGCCACCAACACACUGCUGGAAUAACUAGCAUUAAGUAUUCACCCGAUGCGAAAACGUACGCAUCGGCUGGAAAAGAUGGGAGCAUCAAGUUGUGGGAUGGUGUGUCCAAUCGAUGUAUAAACACUUUCGUGAAAGCGCACGAUGGCUACGAAGUGUGUUCAGUUACUUUUACGAGGAACGGGAAGUAUCUGUUAUCGUCAGGAAAAGAUUCGUUGAUUAAAUUAUGGGAACUGUCCACAAGCAGAUGUUUGAUAGCAUAUACAGGUGCUGGAACUACAGGGAAACAAGAACAUAAAGCUCAAGCUAUUUUUAAUCACACCGAAGAUUACGUAAUGUUCCCCGACGAAGCCACGACGUCGCUAUGCGCCUGGAACUCUCGAAACGCUUCGAGGAAGCAGUUACUGUCCUUGGGGCAUAACGGGCCAGUAAGGCUGAUCGUUCAUUCACCGACUGCUCCUGCAUUCUUGACGUGCAGCGAUGAUUUCAGAGCAAGAUUCUGGUUUCGAAGAAUGCCGACGCAUUAAUUCAAACAAUCACUUUAUACUUUUACAAUUUCAAAUAGUGUUCGUCGAAGAAAAAUUAUCGAAUGUAGAAUAUCCUUAUAUUUCAUGUCCACAGGCAAGUAAGAAAAUUAUCAAGUGUAUUCGAAACGAAGAAGGACCAUUCGAUGCACCGUGUAUCUUUUGUAUCUCGUUUGUAUGAUUGUCUAUGUAUCUUCAAGCCACAAACGUGUCAUUAUAAGAAAUGCUGUUGACUGCUCCGACAUUCUUGACACGCAAAGACGAUCUCAGAGCAGGUUUUUGGUUUCGACACAUUAAUCCAAACAAUAAUCAUUUCAUAGUUUCAAAUCGUGGAACGAAUCGAAGAAAGACUAUUGAACGUAGAAUAUCAUUGCAUUUCAUGUCCACAGGCAAGUAAGACAAUUAUGAAGUGCAUUCGAAACGAAGAGGAAACAUUCGACGGAGCGCGUACCUUUUGUAUCUCAUUUAUACGAUUGUCUAUGUAUCUUCGAACAACAAAUAUGUCAUUAUAAGAAAUGCUGUUGACGAGGUAUCAAAGGAGAUACCAAGGUAUAAGUUAACUAAGCGAGCUAAGAAUAAUAAUAAUAAAGUAAAAGUUGCGAAGGAGUAA